AUGUUCUCGACGAUAGACACGUCAACCCACGAUGCGAUCAAAGCAAAAUUAGCAGGCCCAUACGGCGGCCGCGAGACCUCAGCUAUGGAGCCCAUUGUGGACGAUAUGGUCAAAUCAUUCACGCAGCACCUUCGAGAUCAAACUUCUAGAGGGCCGGUGCAGACCUGCGUCGUCAACUUUGCCCAUGUUGUCAUGUAUUUCACCAUGGAUGUCAUCACUCGUGUCUCCUUUGGAAAAGAGCUGGGUUUCCUGAGGACCGGUUCUGAUGUCUUCGGGCUGAUGGAGGCGGCAAGAAUUUUGGAAGACACUAUCAAAAAGCGAUACGAGCCUGGUGCCCCUGAUGAGAAAGACUUGCUGGGCGCUUUCAUACGCAGUGGACUCUCACUGGGCCAUUGCAUCAGCGAGGCAUUGUUUGCUAUGUCAGCUGGCUCAGAUACGACAGCCUCCGCUAUAAGGUUUACGAUGCUACAUCUCAUGACAACUCCGCGCGUAUACUACAACUUGAAACAGGCUGUCAGACAGGCUGUAAGAGACGGACAAGUGUCAAGUCCGAUCAAGAGUGAAGAGGCCAAGGCCAUCCCCUACCUCCAGGCUGUUAUAUACGAAGGCCUUCGAAUGCGCCCGCCCGCUCCAAUAAAAUUCCCCAAGGUCGUCCCUCCACGAGGUGACGUAAUUGACGGGAAAUUUAUCCCUGGUGGCACUGCUGUUGGGUGGAACCUCCUGCCAAUGAUGCGCUCGCCCCGUCAUUGGGGCCAUGAUGGUGACAUAUUCAGGCCUGAACGCUUCACAGAGGCAGACGAGAAUACCAGGUUGGCCAUGGAACGGCUAGUUGAGAUGGUCUUUGGCCACGGUCGAUUCGGCUGUGCCGGAAAACCACUGGCUGUUAUGGAACUUAACAAGGUCUAUUUCGAGCUUUUCCGACACUUCGACUUCCAGCUUGUCAAUCCGGCCAAGCCAUGGCAUUCUGAGCUUUGGAGUAUUUGGAUGGACGAUGACUUCUUUGUGCAAAUCACCGAAGCUCAGCAUAACGGCUAG